AUGGAGCUCCCAGGUUCGGGGAAGGUGGUACUCAGGAGACAGAUUAGGAGGAUACUGCUUAAACAGAUGAAGGAGAACAGGAACAAGGACAGAGUGUGGCCUCACCUGUUGUCCAAUAUAGUGUCUGAGCCACUAAAGAGAUUGGCAGGUCAGCCACUGCCGGUCUCAAUACCAUAAUUAAUUGGCGUCCGUCCCGACCUCCUUACUAAGCCAUAAGGAUCAACCUUUUUUUCCCUGACGACAUCAAAGGCCAAUGGGAUCUAAAAAAAAUCAGAUGCACAGUAGUGAAGAUUUCAUUUACAAUAAUUUUACAAUGCUAUGUGCAUGCAUAGGAAUUCAGUGGGGGACAGUCAAUUCAAUACUUUAGUCAGGUCAAAAAAUCAGACAUCCAAAAAGAAGAUGUCCAUGCUACGAAAGGAGAGUGGCCUGGGUCAAGACAAUCUACCAACCCAAAUGGGAAAGACGUUUUCUUUUUAAAUUAUGGGGACUGAGAAAAUAAGGGGUUGAUUUCCCCCCUCCCUUCGUGAUCUAAGCGAUUAAGUGUGACACAGAGGACAUUCCUGGGAUUUAAGAAGGGCAAUUAAUCAAAUUGGGUUUUAUAUGGAAUCAGAGAUAAUCUGACUGUUUAGCCAAAUCCCAUAAUCUAUCCUGAUUAGCAGUAAGGUGGCUGGAGGGAGCCUGGAGAUUAGCAGAAAGACAGCAGUAGAGAAUAAGAGAGAGGGGGGGGGGGGGGGGGGGGGGGAUGAGGAUAAUACAAGAUAGAGGGAAAUGAUAGACUUUCUGGCCAACACUAUAACAGCUCUCUUUCUCUCUCUCUCUCCCUCUCUCUCUCUCUCUCUAUCUCUCUCUCUCUCUCUCUCUCUCUCUCUCUCUCUCUCUCUCUCUCUCUCUCUCUCUCUCUCUCUCUCUCUCUCUCUCUCUCUCUCUCUCUCUCUCUCUAAUGUUGGAAACAUGUUUACAUUACCAAAGCAAGUGAAAUAAACAAAAAUGAAAUAAACAAUCAGAAAUUAAGAGUAAACAUUACACACAAAGUUUCAAAAGAAUAGAGACAUUUCAAAUGUUAUAUUAUGUACAGUCUUGUAACAAUCCUCUCUCUGUCUCUCUCUCUGUGUCAGACCUCAGCAGAAAUGAACACAGCUCCCCCUGCAGGAAGCGCCCUGGCCACGCCCGCCGGAACAGCUGGCCCCACCACCCCCAAGAAGGGACCCCCUAAGUUCAAGCAGAGGCAGACCCGUACAUUCAAAGAGCAAGGCCCCCAAACCUGGCCAGAAAGGGUGAGAAUCUCUCUCUGUCGUCACACAUUCACACAGAUACACACAAACUCCACACACAACCGUUCCACUUAUUCACACUAACAAGCACUCAGUUUUCUCACAUUCUCAAACCUGUAUAAAUAAACACAGACAAAUUCUAGAAUCUGUAAGAUACAAACAUGUCUCCUUGUCAAUUACAGAUUUGGUGAUGACAUCCCCGGCAUGGAGGGUCUUGGCACAGGUAACUUUGAUAUUCCAUCUGCAAUCAUCAGUAGUCAUGUUUGUUCAUCUAUAUAUUUGUAUUUCUACUUUCAGUAUACAGUGCCUUCAGAAAGUAUUCAUGCCCCUUGAAUUAUCCCACAUUUAGUUGUGUUACAGCCUGAAUUCAAAAUGGAUUAAAUAUGAUUUUUUUCUCACACAUUUACACACAAUACUCCACAAUGACAAAGUGAAAACAUGUUUCUAGACAUUUUUGCAAAUGUAUUUAAAAUGAAAUGCAGAAAUGUUCAUUAACAUAAGUAUUCACACCCCUGAGUCAAUACAUGUUAGAAUCACCUUUGGCAGCAAUAACAGCUGUGAGUUUUUCUUAGUAAGUCUCAAAGAGUUUUGCACACCUGGAUUGUACAAUAUUUUCCCAUUAUUAUUUUCAAAAUGAAGCUCUGUCAAAUUUGUUGUUGAUCAUAGCUAGACAACCAUUUUCAAGCAGAUUUAAGUCAAAACUGUAACUCGGCCACUUAGGAACAUUCACUGUCUUCUCGGUAAGCAACUCCAGUGUAGAUUUGGCCUUGUGUUUUAAGUUAAUGUCCUGCUGAAAUAUGAAUUCCUCUCCCAGUGUUUGGUGGAAAGCAGACUGAACCAGGUUUUCUCCUAGGAUUUUUCUUGUGCUUAGCUCCAUUCCGUUUCUUUUUCACCCUGAAAACUCCACAGUCCUUAACGAUUACAAGCAUACACAUAACAUGAUGCAGCCACCACUAUACUUGAAAAUACGGAGAGUGGUACUCACUAAUGUGUUCUAUUGCAUUUGCCCCAAACAUAACACUUUGUAUUCAGGACAUAAAGUGAAUUGCUUUGCCAAAUUGUUUGCAGUAUUACUUUAGUGCCUUGUUGCAAACAGGAUGCAUGUUUUGGAAUAUUUUUAUUCUGUACAGACUUCCUUCUUUUCACUCUGUCAAUUAGGUUAGUAAUCUGGAGUAACUAUAAUGUUGUUGAUCCAUCCUCAGUUUUUUCCUAUCACAGCCAUUAAACUCUAUAACUGUUUUAAAGUCACUAUUGGCCUCAUGGUGAAAUCCCUGAGCGGUUUCCUUCCUCUCCGGCAACUGAGUUAGGAAGGACGCCUGUAACUUUGUGUAGGUACCUUUCUUUGUGAGGAAUUGGAAAACCUCCCUGGUCUUUGAAGUUGAAUCUGAGUUUGAAAUUCACUGUUCAACUGAGGGACCAUACAGAUAAUUGUAUGUGUGGGGUACAGAGAUGAGGUAGUCAUUUUAAAAUUAUGUUAAACACUAUUAGUGCACACAGAGUGAGUCCAUGCAACUUUUAUGUGAAUUGUGAAGAAAAAAAUACGACUUAUGGACUCAAGACAUUUCAGCUUUUCUGUUCUAUUUGUAAUUAAUUAGUAAACAUUUUGAAAAACAUAAUUCCACUUUGACAUUAUGGGGUAUUGUGUGUAGGCCAGUGACAAAAACCCCCCGCUAUUUAAUCAAUUUUCAAUUCAGGCUGUAACAGAACAAAUGUGGAAAAAGUCAAGGGGUGUGAAUACUUUCUGAAGGCACUGUAUAUGGCUGUUGAUAGAUAACCAACGACAAUCAACAAGUGUUCCUUGCCCGUUUUCAUCAACUGGACAAUCAAUACUAAUUGUUUCUCCCUCUCUCAUUCUCUCUAGACAUAGCAGUGGUCUGCCCAUGGGAGGCCUACGGCGACAUGGAGCUCAGUGAUCUGGCCAAAUAUGGAAUCAUCUAA